UGGGACUUGCAAGUCUUCCCAGAAGAAAAUACCUGUUACCUGAGACUCUGGGCUUUGGGCCUGGGAGGCAGCUAACUGCCUGUUUGUUGUAGUGUUCCUUCUGUGCAGGAGCACACACUUUGCUCAGUGAUUGUCUCUUAGUAGACUAACCUUUGUGAGGGUAGAGAUUGUUGAUCCUAGUUCCUGUCGGUUCUCUAGCUCCCAGUACAGUGCAGGGGACAUAGUGGGGUUCUGCAGAUGACUGGUGAAUCAGUCCUCGUUUGAGAGAGAGACACAAAUGUGUUUGGACUAGUGCAUGAUUAAAGCUAUGGUUUAAAAAAAAAAUCAUGAAAGGUUAAUUCUUUAGCGUGCUAUAAAUUAUGGAUCUUCCAUAGCCCCUUAGGUUUUUAAUGUACCAGCUUAACUGUUUUAAUAAAAGUCAACAAAAGUCCAGUGGCCCUGCUGGGUUGGGCCAUUGGAAGACACUGGGCUGGGCACUGUGGAUACAGAAAUGAGUAAGAUUCAGCACUGGCCCUAGUAAUGCAAUGGAAUGGGGAGCUGUCAGAUCCACGAGCAGUAACUACAGUAACGCAGGAUAACAGAGGUUAGAGGUUUGUGCCAAUUGCUUGGGGAGCACAGAGUGGGGAGGCGAUUCUUGGAGAGCAGUGGUGGGGGCAGGGCAUGAUAGCACGUCAAGGAAGUCUUAACAGGGAAGGUGACAGUGAGCCGAUAGCUGAAGGACGAGCAGGAAGUUGUGCUCCUAGCCUCUCCCUAACUAUGUGGCGGUCUGUAGGGCACACCUUGCCUGUUUCUAGACAGUCCAGUCAGAUGACCUAAAAUCAAAAUGCCACCCUCCCUCCAGUCUCCAUUCAGCCAUGUCGUUCCCACGUGGAAGCAACUGGUAGCCUCCUCUGAGUGGCAUUUUUAUGUCAUCUAGAUUUGUUGGGAGCGACACAAAGGGCUCAUUUUCCCAGAUAACCCAGCCUGAGUGUGGUCAGAGUCUUCAUUGUGUAAAAGCAGCAGCUUCAGACGUUCACUCAGAAAGCAUUUGCUGAGAGCCUCCUGUGUUUAGUGCAUCCUGCUUAUUGUGGGUGUGGGGGAGUUAAGGGUGUGACAAAAAAGAGAACUAAGCUAUAUUCCCUGCCACCGGUGUGGCUGUAAUCUCUCUGGGGACACACAUGUACACUCGCCCCUCUGAUACAACCUAGACAGUGGCAAGGGUCACAGUGAUGGAAUAAAGAGAAGAGAAUUCCUUCUGGCAUGAGGAAGGCCAUUCCUUCUUUAUCUAGUUUGCACAGGAAGGGCUUAACGUAAUCCUUGCUUCAUGGCACAUCCCCAUCAUUAGUUGACCAUUAUUUCACUGUGUAUGGAGUGCUUCCUGUGUGUGCUGAGCUGUGAUUGGUCCCUCUGGAAGCCUGUGAUCUAGUGGGUAGAUAAUUAGAAGGUCUGAUGUGGGUAACGAUACAGGAAACAUGAGGUGGCGCGGAAGCUUGCGGCUGAGGACUGAAUCUUGGGAAAGGACAAUUUAAGCUGAGCCCUAAGUAGGUGAGGAAAGGGAAGAGGCUGUUCCCAAAGGAGACGCCAGCACGUGGGAGGGUGCAGAGGGCAGCACGAUGUCGGAGCUGCAAGCUGGAGCCACCAUGACUGGUGGGAGCGCGGUGAGGAAAGGAGAGCCUUGGAAAGCAUUUCCUCUCCCAGGAGCCCCGAGAAGGACACACCGUAGAUGCAGGAAGACGUCGGAUGAGGACAGCCCAGCUGAAGUGAGGCGUCCAGGACAGAGCAUGGCUGUAGCCCUGCAGGCCCAGGCCCAGGCGUCUCCCCCACCAGAGCUUGAAGAACUCCUGGUUGUGAAACUGGAGGAGGACGCGUGGAGAUCAGAGUCCAGGCCUCGGGAGAAGGACCAUGGCCCUGGCCCCGGCCCCGAGGCCUCCCGCCAGCGCUUCAGACAGUUCCAGUACAGGGACGCGUCGGGACCGCACGAGGCCUUCAGCCAGCUCUGGGCGCUCUGCUGUCGCUGGCUGAGGCCAGAGGUCCGCCUCAAAGAGCAGAUCCUGGAGCUGCUGGUGCUGGAGCAGUUCCUGACCAUCUUACCCAGGGAGGUCCAGGCCUGGGUGCAGGCGCGCCACCCUGAGAGCGGCGAGGAGGCGGUGGCCCUGGUGGAGGAUUGGCACCGAGAGGCCCGGGCUGCAGGGCAACGGGAACUGGAACUGUGUGGAGAAGAGACCCGGUUCUGGAAGGCAACGCGGGAAUCUCAGAGCUUUCAGCGGCAAUCAGCCCAGCACUGGCCCGAGAGGUCGCCCCAGAGGCCGUGGGUGAGGAAUCUGGGCCCGGACCUUCCCACGCAUCUCGACUCCAAGAUGGUGCCCCAGGCCCUGAAGGAGAGUGCUGUCCUCACUCCCCGAGUCCCUACUCUCCCAAGGACGGGGAGCGUUGGAGAUUGGGCGGUGACAGCUGAGUCCCAGGAAGCCCGGGGCCCUGGCAGGCGUGCCGAGAAGGAGUCUCACAAGGAGCCCCCCGGAGACAACCGUGGGAACGGCGUGCCCCUGGGAGUUUUAAUUUCAAAACCAAAUAUCAUCACCCAGCAAGAGCAAGGACCAGAAUUCUGGGGUCCGAGUCGUAUAAAUUCCGGAAAAAGGCGCAUUGCAGAUUACAGCCUGGAUAAUGAGCAAAUAAAACCAGCCCCAGCCCUGGUCUGGAGGGACUCUCAGGCCUGGGAAGAACAGUACCAAUGGGACGCGGAGGACAUGAAGGUGUCGGGCGUGCACUGGGGCUAUGAAGAGACCAAGACCUUCCUGGCAAUUUUGAGUGAGUCUCCUUUCUCUGAAAAGCUCCGGACUUGUCACCAGAACCGACAGGUGUAUCGGGCCAUUGCAGAGCGGCUGAGGGCACGAGGCUUCCUGCGGACACUGGAGCAGUGUCGCUACAGGGUCAAAAACCUCCUACGGAACUACCGGAAAGCCAAGAGCAGCCACCCACCGGGGACCUGUCCCUUCUACGAGGAGCUGGAGGCCCUGGUGAGGGCUCGGACAGCCAUCAGAGCCACAGACGGCCCAGGAGUGGCUGUGGCCCUGCCCAGGCUGGGGGACAGUGAUGCAGAGAUGGAGGAACAAGAGGAUGGGAACUGGGAGCCAGAGGAAACGGCAGAAGACUGUAAUGGUGAUGACCUGGCCACUGGCGAGUCCGUCCAGGGGCCCAGGAUUGCAAGGGGUCCGGCUCUAUUCCAGAGUCGUAUUGCAGGUGUGCACUGGGGCUACGAGGAGACCAAGGCCUUCCUGACCAUUCUCAGUGAGUCCCCAUUCUCUGAAAAGCUUCGCACCUGUCACCAGAACAGUCAGGUGUACCGGGCCAUCGCAGAGCGGCUGUGUGCACAGGGCUUCCUGCGGACACUGGAGCAGUGUCGCUACAGAUUUAAGAACCUCCUUCGAAGCUACCGGAAAGCCAAGAGCAGCCACCCACCAGGGACAUGCCCCUUUUAUGAGGAGCUGGACUCACUGGUGAGGGCGCGGACUGCAGUCAGAGCCAUGGGGAACAUCAGAGAGGGAGCAGGCCUUCCUACAUCUGGGUGGAGCAGCACAGAGGCUGACGACCAGGAGGCCUGGGAUGAGAUGGCAGAUGAAAAUGUCAUCAAACCUCCAACCCCACGUCCUAAAACCCCACACACUGGUUUUGAGAUGAGUCAUGAGGAUGAAGGCCAGAGUUCAGAGCAGGAUAUUUUUGAGGAUUUGCCUGGAGUGUUAUCAAAAUGUCCUCCAGAAGUUGUUUGCCACCCUCACGAUUGGGAGGAAGGCAGUGAACAUGAAAAUGAAGUUGAAGAGCAGGCAGGAAAUCCACCGCAGGAACUGUGGGAAGAAUGUUCUUCUGAAGAAGACUUAGAAAAACUUAUUGACCAUCAAGGCCUGUACCUUGCAGAGAAACCCUACAAGUGUGACACAUAUGUGAAAAGCUUCAGUCGGACCUCCCACUUCAUCGCUCGCCAGCAGACGCACACAGGUGAGAAGCCCUACAAAUGCCUCAAAUGUGGGAAAAGCUUUAGUGACCGCUCCAACCUCAAUACCCACCAGAGAAUUCACACUGGAGAGAAGCCCUACGAAUGCUUCGAAUGUGGGAAAAGCUUUAGCGAUCACUCCAAUCUCGUCACCCACCAGAGAAUUCACACAGGGGGAAAGCCCUAUAAAUGUGGGGCAUGUUGGAAAAGCUUCAACCAGAGCUCCAACCUUCUGAAACAUCAGAGAAUCCACUUGGGAGGAAAUCCUGACUAUUGUAGUGAGCCUGGGGAAAACUUUGGCCAAAGGCCCUCCUUUAGUGCUCACUGGUGGAACUUGACAGAGGAGACAACUCCUGAACAACCUCAAAGUGCCAGUAGGAACUUAGAUUCUCCUGGACCGUACAGCACCAACUCAGGGGAGAAACUUUAUCGGUGUUCUGAGUGUGGAAGAACCUUCUCCAAGAGCUCUGCCCUCAUUAGUCACCAAAGAAUCCAUACAGGAGAGAAACCAUAUGAAUGUGCUGAAUGUGGGAAAAGCUUCAGUAAGAGCUCCACCUUGGCUAACCACCAGAGAACCCACACUGGGGAGAAGCCGUAUAAGUGCAUGGACUGUGGGAAGUGCUUCAGUGAACGCUCCAAGCUCAUCACACAUCAGAGAGUGCACACAGGAGAGAAGCCCUACAAAUGCCUCGAGUGUGGAAAAUUCUUCCGUGACCGUUCUAAUCUCAUUACUCACCAGAGGAUUCACACAGGAGAGAAGCCUUAUAAGUGCAGAGAGUGUGGGAAAUGCUUUAACCAGAGCUCCAGUCUUAUUAUUCACCAGAGAAUCCACACUGGGGAAAAACCCUACAAGUGCUUGGAGUGUGGCAAAGACUUCAACAAUAGCUCCCACUUCAGUGCCCACCGGAGAACCCAUGUAGGAGGGAAAGCGUUGUAGAAGACAACUCCCCCACAACAAAAGAGAAAGGUGUAUUUAAAUCUCCCAAGAUUAUCAGAUGUUUGGUAGAAAGAAACAUUCCCAGUUUUUAAGCUUGGUGUAUACCCAGGGAAGUUAUCUCGAUAUAAUCCAGGUAAUUUGGGAGAGAAUUACAAAUGCUAAGGAUCCAAA